AUGCCUCUCAUAAUGAUGGUUGGUAUUCCAUGCAGUGGAAAGAGCAUGCGAGCAAAAGAAAUUGCAGAACAUUUUAAAAAGUCUUCCGAUUUGAAAGGGAGCGUGAUUGUGAUUGCUGAUGAAGAGCUUGUGGAAGAUAUUCACUUGGCGUACAAAGAUUCAUUCAACGAAAAACAAACAAGAGGAAAGGUGAAGGCUGCUGUUGAAAGAGCUCUCACAAAAGAUGAUGUUGUGAUUGUGGAUUCAUUGAAUUAUAUUAAGGGCUUUAGAUAUGAAUUAUAUUGCAUUGCGAGAUCUUUGAGAACUCCACAUUGUGUGGUGUAUUGUGAUGUUCUCAAUACAUUGCAAAAUCAUACAUUUUUGUGGAAUAAGGAAAGCUUGUCAAACAAAUAUUCUGAGACGUUUUUGACAGAAAUGGCCCAACGAAUGGAAGUGCCAAGCGAAAAAUCAAGAUGGGAUUGCCCACUCUUCAGUUUAACUCCCGACCAAGCAACACCAGUUGAGCAAAUUGAGGAAGAAAUGUUGCGACCAAAGAAAACAAUCAAACCAAAUACUGCAACAUUACCCAUUCACCUGAGCGAAAACACGUUAAUGUAUGAAUUGGAUAAGAUUACAAACGAGAUUGUGACACUUAUUAUGGACUCAAAGUCUCUUCACAUGCCAGGUGAUGAAAUUCCAAUUCCUGCAAGCUAUGGCCUCACAAAAGAUCAACACAACAACCAUCGUUUGAAAAUGCCUGGACUCUCAGUCUCCAUGCAACAAUUGAGAAAGCUUCGAACCCAAUACAUUAAAAUGUCUCAAAUGCACCCACCAGACACCAAGCAAAAGAUAGUGACUGGAUUUGUGGACUACCUCAAUGAGCAUGCAUAA